AAAAAUUAUUCGACCAAAAAAAAUAAUUUAUUUCGUGAUAGUGUUUGAUGAUUAUAGUGGCAGUGAACUAUAUAUUAAUUAACUGGUGUUUUACAAUCAACAAAAUACAGUAAAUUGUGUUGUUAAGGACUUGGUUAUCUGAUGCCUGCUAGAAAAGGUUUUCUUGCUCCUCAAAAUACAUUCCUUGAUACCAUCGCAACACGUUUCGAUGGAACUCAUAGUAAUUUUGUGUUGGGAAAUGCUCAAGUACCGACAAUAUAUCCAAUCGUAUAUUGCUCAGAUGGAUUUUGUGAGCUGACAGGGUAUCCGCGAGCUCAGAUAAUGCAAAAAGGUUGUGCCUGCAAAUUCUUAUAUGGACCCAAAACUGCUGAAGAAGAUAAAGCAGAAAUAUACAAAAGUCUUGAAGAAAAAAAAGAAAUUAAACGUACAGUUAUAUUUUACAAACAAAACGGUACACCAUUUAAAUGUAUACUAGACAUAGUACCUAUAAAAAAUGAAAAAGGUGACGUAGUUUUAUUUCUCGCAUCACAUAAGGAUAUAACACAUGAAAAAGAUCCAUUACUACGUGAGUCUACAGAUGGUGAUGAUUCAAAUGGUGAUAUUGAUCCUGAAGCACCGUCACAUAAUUACAGCCGGCGAAGACGAAGCCGGGGUAUUCUAUAUUCGCUUUCGGGUCAUUAUAAUCAAGAUGGCAAACAUAAAUUACACAAUAAGAAUUUUAACUACAAUUACAUUGAUCCACUUCUUCAUUCAUCGUCAGCGACACCCCUACCUGAGUACAAGACUUCAGCGGCUGAAAAAUCAUACUUCACCGUAAGUCAUUACGGGUCAUUGAGGACAACCUGGGAAUGGAUAACUCUCGUGGCCACAAUUUAUGUUGCAGUUACUGUUCCUUAUAACGCAAGUUUCGUUAGCACUGAGCGACCUACUGUCGCAUGUGAUGUUAUUGUCGAGGCUAUAUUUAUUGUUGACAUUAUCCUCAAUUUUCGUACGACAUACAUUAGUAAAAAAGGAAAAUUAGUAUUAAAUGGGCGUAAGAUAGCAGUUAAUUAUUUGAAAGGGUGGUUUCUCAUUGAUUUGCUUGCUGCAUUGCCGUUUGAUUUACUCUAUGCAUCUGAUGUUUAUAGUGGUGAAGAAUCAGGUCACAGUCACACUCAUUUAGUAAAGUUAACGAGAUUACUACGACUCGCCCGACUAGUUCAAAAAGUAGAUCGGUAUUCACAAUACAGUGCAGUGAUAUUGACAUUAUUAAUGCUCGCUUUCUCUGUAGUUGCACAUUGGCUUGCUUGUAUCUGGUAUGUUAUAGCUGAAUAUGAACGACUGCAAAAUGAUAAAGAAUGGAAUCUCAUUUUUUUUACUUGUUGGAUGCACUCAUUAGCAGAUCGAUUAAAAAUACCUGUACGGAAUGUAUCACAUAUUGACAGUUAUGUUACAUCACUUUAUUUCACGUUUAGUAGUUUAACGUCUGUGGGUUUUGGUAACGUAUCAGCUAACACAACAUGGGAAAAAAUAUUUUCGAUAGUUGCGAUGUUGAUUGGGGCUCUAAUGCACGCCGUCGUAUUCGGUAACGUGACUGCAAUAAUUCAACGAAUGUACUCAAGAAAAUCGUUGUACCAUACUAAAUGGCGAGAUUUAAAGGAUUUUUUGACCUUGCAUCAAAUCCCUGAUCAACUCAAACAGAGAAUGCAAGAUUACUUUCAAACGACGUGGUCAUUAAACCACGGCAUUGAUAUUCAUGAGACUUUGAAAGAAUUUCCAGAAGAAUUACGAGGUGACGUAUCAAUGCACUUGCAUCGUGAAUUAUUAAGUCUACCAAUAUUUGCGACUGCAUCUCCGGGAUGUCAAAAAUUGCUGUCACUCCAUAUAAAAAGUAACUUUUGUGCACCUGAAGAGUAUUUAGUCCGUCGAGGUGACGCUCUCUCUUACAUUUAUUAUUUAUGUAACGGCUCUAUGGAAGUUGAACAAAAUAAUAUGGUCGUCGCCAUUUUAGGAAAAGGUGACUUAAUAGGCUGUGACAUAAACGUGCAUCUCCAACAUGCUGGCAAUGGUGGCGGAGCUUGCGGAGUUGGAUCAGGUGGUAGCGUUGACGUUAUUGUUAAAUCAAGUUGCGAUGUAAAAGCACUUACAUAUUGCUAUCUGAAAUGUAUCAAUAUACAAGGUCUUAUUGACGUUUUACGCCUCUAUCCUGAGUACCAGCAUCAAUUUUCCAGGGAAAUUGUACACGAUCUUACACACAAUUUGCGUGAAGGUUACGAAGCCGAGCAAGAGUCAGAGAUAAAUGGAAUACAAUCUUUAACAUUACCGUCCAUAAGCGAAGAUGAUGAAAAUGUACCAGAAGAAGGUGAAACAUCGCCACUGUCACCAGCACAUAUAUCACCGGUGCACAUCUCCAGCCCGCGACACAAAUUUCGAAAUGAUCGAGUUGGAAGACUAGUAAGGGAGAGACUUAGAAACCGAGCCCAAGGUGUUACUCAAGAAUCGUCGGAAGGUCACAAUCGUGAUGCAAAUAAACAACUUGAGGCGAUACAAAUACCAAUCGUACAUGAAGAUGUUAGAACGUUAAGCGAUGACUUGAGAAACGCAAUUAAAGCACUGCAGCUAUUGGCACGUACUCCACAUAGUCAUCCGAGCUUGCCAACUCCAACGAGGCACAGUAGUUCCAAGGACCGUUUGCUAGCUAAGAGUUCAUCUUAUUUGCCUGACGAAUUGUCAUGGGGUCCACCUACCAGACUAAUUAACUCUAGUACUCAGACUGAUGAACGUGAUGUUGCUUCUGAAGAUAAUUCGAGGUACGAAUACUGGGUAAAAAGUAAUCCUCAACAAGUUUUGGUCAUACUUGGGUUAGAUUCAGAGUUGAUCAGCACUAGUGUUAUUAAUGAACAUGAUUAUCAUCAUUCGAUGACUUCUACAUCGUCAUCAUUACAACCACAUCCUUGUGAACCACUUCCAUUGUUUCAUGGUUGCAGUUCACCACAGUUGCAGGAUUGUACACAUUUCGAAACUGGAAGUACCACGUGAAAUAAAGAUCUAAAAUUUUCCUUAAAAAAUUUCUUUUUGAACGUCCAACUAUGAAAAUUGAAGAUGAUCGAAAC